AUGGCGCUGACAAGCCACAGUCCUCCUCGUCUGUCUCUACAGAGUCUGAAACACUUUACCGCGGAAGGAGGAGAAGAGGAAGUCGAUGUCGAUGACUCAUUGACUCGAUGCACGCUAGUAGUAGUAGGCUUGCUGCUGCUGCUGCUGCUGUUGCUGCUAGUACAUAGCACUGACGAUGAUGGCAAUGACGACGACACUAGUACUCACCGUAGCGGUCAAGCCAUCAACCAUGAACAAGCACAAGUCGAUAGAGCGGCCAAGCAAGAAGCACGUAGAAACAGUACCAACUCCUACGAGGAGACUAGGGUUGGGCUAUUCCUGUCUCCGGGACCGGAAGAUCCAAAUGGGUUAGAUCUAGCUGCUACUGCCACCACCACUGCCACAAGUACUAGCACUACCGAGAGAGAUGUAGCUGGUGACAAAGAUGAAAUCAACCCAGUGCUACUCAGGCAUCUAGCAGCCACUCAGCAACCAGGCGCUUUCCCAUCUAGUACUAGGCCUCCCAACUUGUCUCCAAACUCCACCACUAGAAGACUCAUCAGUCACAGGCUCUCUGCACCUCCCGUUCUACAGCCACACACUUCCUCAUCGCUAACACAAUCACCCGUUGCUCACACCACUACACUCCUCACCACCAAUGCUGCUCUCUCGGAAGCCGCUCCAACGUUACCCAUGCAAGAACCAGAACCACAACUUGUGGAAGCAUCCCUCGUAAGAAAUAGCUCACAAGCUCCAGAUGAUGUAGAACAGCCACCACCACGGCAUCACCAUCACCACCAAGCGACACUAGAAGCUUCUUCAGACACUUCACACCAGCCACAUCAACCAGAAGAGGAAGAUGUCAUGAUGAUACAAGCCAAAAGUGCAGGAGUCAGAGACUACAUUCGAAACCCUACCUUUUGUCUAUUUUUGGCAUUGUACGUCAUUGCCAUUCUCACCAUUAUUGGACUCGUGGCUGGAAUUGUCAUACUCCAACAACAACACCAUCAGCAAGUACAAGAGUUGCAAGCCAAUCAAUCGCCCACGGUUUCUCCCGACUCCCAUACGCUCAAUGACCAAAACGUUAUUGUAGAUGCGGCCGGAACUAUCUUUCAAGAAUACACUUCUCCUCAACGAAACAAGGCAGCGUACGAAGCAUUUCAAUGGCUCCAACGACAUCCCAAUCUAGAGUACAUGGAAGACUUUGUCAGGGUACAACUCUAUGCAUUGGCGACUGUCUUUGAAGCACUCAAUGGAUGGGAUUGGCCAGCCUUUGACAGAGGAUACUACAUGAGUCAUGAAAAGACAGAAUGCGAUUGGAUGGAACCAUUCGAGAACAUUCAUUGGUGUGACAAUACUGACGACAAGAAUGGUAGAGAUCUCUUUUGGAAAAAGAAUGACAAGGCCGACAAGGCGCCGUCGGAACCGCCUCUAGCGCCACGCGAACAACGAGUGGUGCGACGUUUGAUACUGACGGGAGACAGUGAACACAACAUUCCUCAUGUGCGGGGAUAUCUACCGCCGGAAGUCGCCUUUUUGACCGAUCUACAAGCCAUCCAAAUUAGUUACACAGAGUUGAAUGCCGAUCUAUCCGAAUUGCUGCCGACUCAGCUCGAAACACUCUCCUUGUUAACGUCCCUCUUAUACACGUACAAUCAAAUCAGAUCCACCAUUCCCACUCGAAUUGCCAGACUCCAACAACUCGCUCGUUUGGAUCUACAGUGGAACAACUUGUCAGGGUCCAUUCCGUCCGAAAUUGGAGCCAUGACGCUAUUGACGUCGCUCAAUUUGGACCGCAACCGCGUACAAGGAAACAUUCCAUCCGAACUAGCUCUGCUCAGUUCCACUAUGAAACACCUGUAUUUCCAAGAGAAUCAACUCGAAGGGACACUCCCUUCCGAGUUGGGGGAAAUGACAGCGCUCCAGUGGUUGGAUAUUCAUUCCAACUACGUGCAGGGAUCCAUCCCCACUGUGUUUGGGAGAAUGACCUCACUCGACACAUUCGAUGCCUACCAGAAUCGACUCGACGGACCCAUCCCCUCCGAACUAGGAAAUAUGUCCAGUGUCAAAACACUCAAUUUGUGGGGCAACAAUUUGUCCGGUGCCCUGCCGUCCGAGUUGGGAUUUUUGGCUCCCACGUUGGAAAAACUCUAUCUUCAUGACAACCCGCGUCUCAACGGGAGAAUUCCUAGCGAAUUUGGUCUGCUAACGCAUUUGAGAGAACUGUGGAUUCAUAGCACGGACUUGACAGGUGCCAUUCCAUCGGCCCUGUGCAAAAUGCCAUCCUUGAAGCGAUUUGAAGUGAAUUGCUUGAAAGUGACCUGUCCGGGAGAAUGUGUCUGUCGAUGUUAUGCAUUUUAAUUGAUUGAUGGAUGAAAGCCGUGCCAGCUGGGAUUGUUGGCUCCCACGUUGGAAAGACUCUAUCUGCAUGAGUCUCGACGGGAGAAUCCUGAUGGAAUUAGGACUGCUAUGCAUUUGUGAGAACUGUGGAUUCAUAGAACGGACUUGACCGUCA